ACAAAGCUGGCGGCAUCCUGUGUGAAUUCACUAUUGUUCACUAGGCACAAUGUGUGCAAGUCCCAUUUAAACCCUGAGGACUUAGUGGUGAGUAGGCCAUACACUGACUCUCUGCACGUGGGUGAAUUUCACCCCACGCGCCUUCGAUAGGGGCAUAAGUCUGGCCAUGAUGCACUACUCUGGCUGAGUAAUCAGGAAAGUCAUGAGAAAAUGUAGGCAGAUUCUUUUCUCUUUCAUUUAUAUGGCUUCUUUCAUUUCUUGCAAGUUCUGGCUAAGGCCCAGCCAUUCUUUAUGAUAAUUCAAAUUCACUUGCAAAUCUUUGUGUUUUUAACAGUAUCCGAACAUAAAUAAUGCUAUUUUAUAGUGUUACUAGGAUGACCAGACAGCAAAUGUGAAAAAGCGGGACGGGGAUGGGGGGUAAUAGGAGCCUAUAUAAGAAAAAGACCCGCACUUAGGGUAGGUCUAUACUUAUCUCUGUGUCCGGCGGUAAGCAAUCGAUCUUCUGGGAUCAAUUUAUCACGUCUUGUCUAGACGCAAUAAAUCAAUCCCGGAUUGAUCCCGGAAGUGCUCGCCGUCGACGCCAGUACUCCUGCUCCGCGAGAGGAGUACACGGAGUCGACGGGGGAGCCUGCCUGCCGCGUCUGGACCCGCGGUAAGUUCGAACUAAGAUACUUCGACUUCAGCUACGUUAUUCACGUAGCUGAAGUUGUGUAUCUUAGUUCGAAGUGGGGGGUUAGUGUGGACCAGGCCUUACACUAUGUCUCCUCUGGUGGAGUAAAGGAGCCAUAAAGUGAUUGAAAAUGUACUGUUAAAUUAGUGUAAACUAAAGGACCUUAGCGUAAAUGAGAACCAGUCCCUUCAAUUUCUGGGCGCUUGCAAGCCAUUACCGUGCUCCAGGGAAAGACCUUAGUUUCAAAAAUAUUAUACCCUCUUCCCCAUUCUGUUGCACAUGAUGUCUUGUUCUAGGACUCAUGAUACUUUGAAUGAAGUAUUUCACAGGGUGCACUACUCUUUUCACCCAAAUGCAGAGAGCCCGAGUCAGGCCCUGCACAUGCUUAAGCACUUGCACAGCGAAAAUAGCUGUAAAAAUGGAACCUUUUUGAUGCUACAGAUCUGCAUCAGGAGUGUAAUUAGAGUCUAUCAGAAUAUUUUAGUGCCAAAAGUAAGUUUGUAAUUUUUUUCUCCUUGCUGUUAAACCUGCAGGGCAAGCACAGCUAAGAAAGGUUGACAUGGAUGCUACUCAUUCUGUGCUCAUCAUCAGAGCUGUUCACUAAGUCCAGUUAGUUACACCUUGGCAAGCCCAGUGACGGCAAUUGUUCGCACAGAUGUCAGUGAUGAUCCAAUCUGGUGUACAGAAUCUUUAUUACUGGUGAUAAUGUACAAGAAAGAUAGAUUGAAAACUGAGUACAUUUGAUAUAUAAAUUACAGAGGCACAUUCCAGAUAUUCAUAAUGCUAUCUUUAAGGUCACUUGUCAGGACAGAGCUCCUUGUAAGUGUUUCAAAGCUGCCUUGUAUAGGCCACUUGCACUAGUAUGAAUUCAACUCUCGAUUAAUAGUUAUCUAUAAUGUAGCAUAUACAUACUCCUGGCGGAAUUCUGCAUAAAAAAAUUAAAAAUUCUGGACCAAAACCUUAAAAAAUCUGCACACAAUAUUUUAAAAUUCUGCAUAUUUUAUUUGUCAAAAUAGCAUAGCAUAAUCACUCCAGUUUCAAUUAUUUUGGCAAUUUCUUUCAAAAUACCUGUCAGCAAGUUUGUCAACAGUACAGACUACAGCAAAAAAUAUUUCCCCCAAGAGUAGAGAGUUAAAGAAACUCCUAAACCCCAGUUCCAGUUGGGGGGUGCUGGAGGAGGUUGUGUGGGGCCCCCACAGCCCAGAUACCUGCACUCCCAUACCCCCAGAGUCUAGCUGCGAGGCACCCUGCAGCCCAGACACCCACGACCCCUUGCCCCCAGAGCCGAGCCACAGGGCACCCCCUGGCCCAGAUACCAGCCCCCCCUCUCCACAGAGCCCAGCAUGGGGAAUCCCCCACACACCAACCUGCCUUCCCCACAGAGCCCAGUCACGGGGCAGCCCCGAGACACCAGCCCCCUUCCUCAAAGAACCUAGCUGCUGGGCAGCCCCCAUCCCAUACACCAGCCCCCCCUUCCCAUAGAGCCCAGCCACACGGCAGCCCCCAGACAGCAUCCCCCCCCCAGAGCCCGGUCCAGAUACCAGCAUCCCCAGAGCCUUUACUCCACCCAGCUUCUUUACUGUCCUGCUUGGGGACAUGGUAUGGUGCAGCCCUACCCUUCCUCACCCUUAGCCAGAGCUGGGUCUCCCAGGCCCUCUCCCGUCCUGGGAGAAUGAGCAUCAAGCAGAGCAUGCAGCCUCCAUCCCCACCAGGCCGGGCGCUCCACUCACUGCGAGCUGGGCUCUGCAGAGUGCAACAGCCCCUAGUGGUGGCCAGAAAUUCUGUGGGGAAAACAGGGAAUUCUGCAAAAUUCUGUAUUCUGCAGGGGCACAGAAUUUCCCCAGGAGUAAUAAUAUAAAUUAUUGCUGUGGACAUGGGAACAAUCACACACACACUAAUAUGGCUUAAUGUGGCAGCCAUAACUUUUUUUAACAACUAAUACCUAACUGGAAUAAACCAUCCAAAACUACCUGAUAGGGUUUUUCCAGUGUGGAUUGCAGCUGGCAUGAAUGGCUCCUGAAGUUCUAUAAACUUAAUGGCCAAUGUGUAGCUCAAGCCCCCUCUAUACCGUCAGACCUGCCAAGCCUGCCUGACUGGAUGCCGGUCUCUUGAACCCCUCCCCUUCCACCCCCCCAGUUCUUCCAUGCUGUAAGUAGGGCCUGGUCCACACUAGGAGGUUAUGUCGAAUUUAGCAGUGUUAAAUCGAAUUAACCCUGCACCUGUCCACACACCGAAGCUAUUUAGUUCGACAGAGAGGUCUCUUAAAUUCCAUUUCUGUACUCCUCCCCAAUGAGGGGAGUAGCGCUAAAUUUGACAUGGCCAUGUCGAAUUAGGAUAGGUGUGGAUGGAAAUCAAUGCUAAUAGCUCCGGGAGCUAUCCCACAGUGCACCACUCUGUUGACGCUCUGGACAGCAGUCCGAGCUUGGAUGUUCUGACCAGCCACACAGGAAAAACCCCGGGAAAAUUUGAAUUCCUUUUCCUGUCUGGGCAGUUUGAAUCUCAUUUCCUGUUUGGACAUCGUGGCAAGCUCAGCAGCACUGGCAACGAUGCAGAGUUCUCCAGCAGAGGUGACUAUGCAAUCUCAGAAUAGAAAGAGGGCCCCAGCAUGGACUGAUCGGGAAGUCUUGGAUCUGAUCGCUGUGUGGGGCGAUGAGUCCAUGCUUUUGGAGCUGCGAUCGAAAAGACGGAAUACAAAGAUCUACGAGAAGAUCUCAAAAGCCAUGACAGAGAGAGGGUACAGCCGGGAUGCAAUGCAGUGCCGUGUGAAAAUCAAGGAGCUGAGACAAGCGUACCAGAAGACCAAAGAGUCAAUCGGACGCUCCGGAUCCCAGCCCCAGACAUGCCGUUUCUACAAGGCACUGCAUUCCAUUCUAGGUGCGGCCGCCACCACUACCCCACCACUGACCGUGGACACUGAGGAUGGGAUAUUGUCGACGGCCGCUUCCUCAGAGAUGUUAGCGGACGGGGAAGAUGAGGAAGGUGAGGAGGAGGACGAGGCAGUCAACAGCGCUUACAACGCUGAUUUCCCAGACAGCCAGGAUCUCUUCAUCACCCUCACAGAGAUCCCCUACCAACCGUCCCCAGGCGUUAACCCAGACCCUGAAUCAGGGGAAGGAUCAGUCGCUGCGAAUGUCUCCCAACCUACCCUGGCAUCCCCCUCCCAGAGGCUGGCGCAGAUUAGGCGGAGAAAGAAAAGGACACGGACGACAUGUUCUCAGAACCUAUGGGCUGCUCCCGAGCCGAUGCGGCCCAGCAGACCCAGUGGAGGGAGAACAUGUCGCAAUACCAGCGAUCACACAGCGAACGGGAGUAGAGGUGGCGGCAGGCAGACCAGCAGGCGACUCAAACGCUGCUUGGACUAAUGAGGGAGCAAACAGGCACGCUCUGGCGCCUUGUGGAUGUUCUGCAGGUCCGGAGGCAGGAGGACAGAGCCCCACUGCAGUCUAUCUCUAACUGCCCUCCCCCGCCACAAACUCCCAUCCCCCCUCACCCAAAGUCCCAAGAAGGAGGGGCGGCAGGGGCCGUGAAAACUGUCACUCCACCCCUGCAGACUGCUCAAGUACCAGAAGGCUCUCAUUCCCAAAAAUUUGAUAAGUCCUUUCCUUCCUGCCUCACCCAAGCCCCCAUCCCAGUUUCAUCCCCUAACUGUG